AAUAUUCUCACUGCCGGCGCACGCCGCCUUUUUGCACUUUCUGUUGUUUUUGUUCAAAUUGUAAGAGCGCACGAACAUGGAACUUGGGGACCUUCUGCAGCAGGCCCAGUGCUUCACAAAUGACACCAGAAUGGACGAGGACAUGCCGCGCGUCGAUCGCACCAUUUCACAAGUAUUGCAGGCCACACAGGAACUCCACUCCCGUGUGACCCUCACAGGAACCCACGAUCUGAAGGCGCACAUGCUGCUGGGCUCCAAGGGCGUGGAUCUGCCGAAGCUGUCGCACAAGCUCGAGACGCUAAGUGCGCGGAAGACCUUCGAGCCUCUGGACCCUGUCUCGGACACCGAUGUGCAUGCCUUUCUGAAAAACGAGCGCGAGAACGCCAUACUUUCCGUAAUUGAUGAGACCAAUCGCGGGAUUUUCGAGUCAGUGGAGAGGCAUAAGUGGCGCCGCAUUUAUGCCGAGUGGGGGGAGGAGAAGGAGUCUCUGCUGAAUGCCCUGAUUGGGCCCAAACAAAACGAGUUUCCCGAUGUUCGGCGUCAGACGGUGCUCACAACCCUAGCGGAAACUCCAAUGCCCAGUUCUCGUCUCAACCGCACCGAGGAACUCUAUGCCCAGGAGAUAGCCUCGUACAAUCAGUCACAAAUCCAGAGGGGCCAUCGCUCGAACCUCCUGGCAGCGUUCGCCAAUCUGGCGGCGGAGAAGUUCGAUAACCAGCUCGUGUCCGAAAUGUGGAGUGUGCUGCAGUUCAUGGCCGACAAUGCGCCGCCCUCACGCACCGCAGAUGCCAUCAAGUCCCGCCUGGCCACCCAGAAGUUCGUCCAGCAGGCGCGUACCUACCUGGAGCGACGCUACAAACAGUACAUAAACACCGUCAUCAUGGAGAAUCCUUUGCAGGCCCAGCGCGGUGGCAUUCCGAACGUCUAUAGCUCGGUCAACUCCUUUGUGAGCAUCAAUUUUGCGGUGCCGGCCACUCUGGUCGGCCUGCUGGAUGUCUAUAACGGCCUGCCACUCUGGGCCCUGGUCUACUACAGUCUGCGUUGCGGGGAUCUGGGUGCUGCCGUCAGGUAUCUCAAGGAAACUGGCGUCUGCUACGAUCUCUACCGCCUAUUGUCAAUGAUGAAGGAGGGCACCAAGGGGGAGCAGUAUUCCCGGAUCGAGGGCGCCCUCAAGCUGGAGUACAACAGCAAAUUGCGCAGCUGCAGUGAUCCCUACAAGAAAGCGGUGUUUGCCUAUGUUCUGGCAUGCGAUCCACACAAUUCGCAUGCGGAACUGAUGCGCAGCAUCGACGACUUCCUGUGGAUGCAGCUCUCCAUCCUACGGCAACAAGACGGUCGCGAGUACAACGUCGAACAGCUCACCUACAGUGGUCUGCAGAGCCUCAUCCUGGAAAAGUACGGCGAGAACUACUUCAAUGCACGCGAAAAGGCGCCGCUCUACUUCAGCGUACUCGUCCUCACGGGCCAAUUUGAGUCUGCAAUCGAGUUCCUGGCCCGCACCGAGGACAAUCGUCCGCAUGCCGUGCACAUGGCCAUUGCCCUGAACGAGAUACACAUGCUGGGCACUCCGAGCUCCAUGCAUCAUCCGCUGAUUAGCGUCAAUCCCGAGGAUCCGGCGCCCAUGAAGCGCCUGAAUCUCGUCCGCAUGCUGGUGACCUAUGCCAAGUGCUUUGAGAUAACCAACACCAGCGAGGCGCUGCAGUACUACUUUCUGUUGCGCCACUUCAAGGACGACAACGGCCGCAGCCUGAUGCUGAGCUGUGUCUGCGAUCUGCUCGUCGAGAACUGUGAUCAGCAAAUGAUUGAUCUGAUCUUUGGCAAUGAAGACGAUGAUUCCGGCCAGACCGGCAUCUUUGCCCAGUUCCACACAAUGGACUUUGACAAGUAUAUGCUGGCUGGAAUGGUGGGCGAUGAGCUGACCUAUCGCAGCAAUUUCGAGACGGCAAUCUGGCUCUACUUCAUUGGCGGCCAGCUGGACAAGGUGAUGCGUUUGGUGUGCUCUCUGCUCUCGCAGGUGGUCCAUCAGCCCCCGACAGAGUCCAGUAUGCGGACACGCUUGCGCCAGAUUAUCAUUCACCUGGAAGAUCUGCGAUCCGUGCAGCGAGUGGACGUGGAGCCGCAUGUCCUGGCCACAUACACAAUGCUGACGCAGCUGCUCGUCUUCUUCGAUCAUUACCACAAAAAUGAGUCGCAACAGGCCAGCGAGGUGCUGGCCAAUUUCCGGAUAACGCCCAACGACUGCUCGGAGGUGGAAGAGUGUGUGGCCAAUCUGAAGAGCCUCUGUCCGGAGGUCACCAAGGUCCUGCCCGACAUACUGCUGGCCGCUAUGGACCUCAUUUACGAGGAGUACACGAAAAUAAAGGAAAAUGGUGGCAGCAGGUCUUCCUUUGAUAGCCGCGAGAGCACCCAGACCGAUGACUGGAAGAACGAGAACAAGGAGGGCAUUCUGCGCCAUCUGCGCACAAAGGCCAAGGCCCUCACGAAUAUGGCUGUCACGGUGGCGUACCGAAUGCCCACGGCCACCAAUAAGCGUCUCGUCCAGCUGGAGAUACUCAUGCAUUAGGAAAGAAACGACACGACUCUUGAGAUGGAUAUCCUUUCGUAUAAAUGCAUGUGUUUUUCUCUCAUUUUGUUUAA